UAUUGGUCUAUUUUUAGCCAUCGGUGCGAUUAACGCCGGCAACUAUACUAUACUCGGGUAAAAGUCCUGAUGGCAGUCACCUAUUGAGAAGCGCCAUAUACCUGCAAAAGGAACUACCCGUCCGUAUCGCUCACCGUAUCGCCGGCUUCCGUGCCCUACCAUUCCUCGUGGGCUGUAAUCCCACGAUACUGGCCGUCCACGAGAUGUAUAUCCGGGCCUUUUAUAUGCUCUCUGAGUACCCACCG